AUGGGUUCACCUGAAUUUAAGGAGUUAUCUGAAACAACUGCAGACAGCUCCAGUCACUUACAGGUGCAAAUUGUGGACUCAUUUUUGAACGGGGAUAUAUCUGAUACGGGGGAGGAUAUAACUACGGAAACAAUCUCCAAGGGGAAACUGAAACAUGAGAUGCGAAUGUUGCAGACGCGCUUUAUUAACAAUGCAACAGUACUGCAGAAUAACAAAAGCUUUUCCAAGGCGCGUGAGGAAGAGCUUUUACACCGACUUUGGACUAGUAGAGGCGGAUAAUAACACAACAAGCUACUUGCACAUCUUUCAAUAUUUUCAGCGAUAAGAAAGACAUAUGCCUGCUCAUAAACUAUAUAUUUACAAGCAAAAGCUGUUUGUUAGAACUAAGAUAAAAAGGUAUUCAAUAAACCUACUGCAGAAAUAUUUUGUUAUUAUUUUACGGACAUUUAUUAAGAUGG